CACCGGAUCUCGGUGCUGCGUGCUCCCAGCUCUGCCACCUGUCAGUGUCCAUCAGUGCCAGCUCCCAGUGCUCAUCCAUGCCACCUGCCAGUGCCCAUCAGUGCUACAUCAAUCCCACAUAUCAGUGCCUACCAGUGCACAUCAAUGCCACAUAUCAGUGCUCAUCUGAGCUGCCUUUCAGUGUCAUUCAUCAGUGCCAGUCAGUGCCACCUAUCAAUGCCAAUCAGUGCCACCUAUCAGUCCUGCUAAUCAGUGCCACCUAUCAGUGCCAGUCAGUGCCGCCUAUCAGUGCCAGUCUGUGCCGCCUAGCAGUGUGCAUCAGUGCCGCUAUCAGUAUCAGUGCCCGUCAGUGCUGCCUUUCAGUGCCGCCUAACAGUGCCAGUCAGUGCCACCUAACAGAGCCAGUCAGUGCCGCCUAUCAGUGUCAGUCAGUGCCGCAUAAUAGUGCCACCUAUCAGUGUCAUAUAUCAGUGCAGCCUUUCAGUGCCCAUCAGUGAUGCCUGUCAAUGCCAAUCAGUGCUACCUACUAGUGCCUCCUCAUCAGUGCCCAUCAGUGCUACCUAUCAGUGUCCAUCAGUGCAGCCUAUCAGUGCCCAUCACUGCAGCCUCAUUAGCGCACAUCAGUGAAGGAGAAAAUUCACGUAUUUAAAAAAUUUUAUAACAAAAACUAAGAAAAAAAUGUUUUUUCCCCAAAAUUUUCAGUGGUUUUUGGUUUAAAAAAAAAAUAA